AUGCGCAACCGCGCGCUGAACGGCGUGCCUGCGGCGCUGCUGCACGUGACGCGGAAGGACGCGAACCAGCUGCUGUACGAGUCGCUGUACAGCGGCGCGCCGCGGUUCAACGUGAUUGACGUGGACCCGUACGGCUCGAUCGCGCCGUUCUCGGCGAGCGCGGUGCAGGCGGUCGCGGACGGCGGGUUGCUGUGUUUCACGAGCACAGACAUGCCGGUGCUCGGCGGGAACGACCCGGCGGUCGCGUUCGCGCGCUACGGCGGCUGCACGCUGAAGGCGCCGUUUCUGCACGAGAUGAGUUUGCGCGUGCUGCUGUUCCACGUGUGUUCGCUAGCGGCGCAGCACCGGCGGCACGUGGAGCCGCUGCUCUCGCUGUCGGUGGACUUCUACGUGCGGCUGUUCGUGCGCCGGCAGAAGAUCCAGUGCCUGCUAAACGCGCUCGAGCAGGAGCUGCCCGACGUGCCGUUUUUCUACUCGCUGGACCAC